AUGAGACAAUGCUCUGGGGCCCAAUCUUACCCGCACCAGUUCAUGGGCUUGAAUAACCCUUCCCUUCCUUUCUACAACCAGAUGGGCCAGGGAGGCUUCCUCCCAAAGCCAAAUUACAUGAACACGUGGAAUGAGAAUGGACUCAUUAACCAGGCCCAGCUUCCCCUCCUAUUUUGGGAUAAUAGGCAGAUCGAAGCCCAGUACCUUAGCCAUUGGGGUCUCAAGCAGGAGCAGUCUAGGAAGAAACUGAAGGCAAGCAGAAAAAGGAAGUCUGGAGUAUGUAUCAAGGAACACAGCUCUCUUCAAAAUCAAGUCAGCGACAAAAGGGAAGAAGCAGAAGACACAAAUGUUGGUAAGGUGGAGAUGGCUCACCUGAUGCCAUAA